CCUUCAAUAUCAAAUGCGUUCACCCUCAAGCCACUGCCACCAAAUGUCGAACUUGUACCCUUAACGGAGGAACUUAUGCCUUCAUUUAAGCGGCUGAAUUCCCUACUAUUACCAAUACCAUAUCCAGCGCACUUUUACGCUGAAACGAUGACCGAACCACAUCAUAGUGUGACUCUCAUGGCAGUCUGGCAUGCAACGCCUUUGAAUGAGGAUAACACAUCCUCCGAUCAGAAGCCCCAGUUGGUUGGAGCCAUUCGUUGCCGGGUCCUUCCUGCGAACAACCUCUACAUCUCCACCAUUGGUCUGCUUGCCCCUUUUCGCUCACAUGGCAUCGCGACGCACCUGCUGCAGCGCAUUGCAGCGAAAGCAGCGCAAGAGCAUGGGGUCAAGUACAUCACAGCCCAUGUGUGGGAAGCCAACGAAGAUGGUUUGGAGUGGUACAAGAAGAGAGGUUUCGAGGUGAUUGGGAGAGAAGAGCAGUAUUAUAGGAAACUCAAGCCGUCUGGAGCAGUAUUGGUGAAGAGACCUGUUGGAGUCGGCGACUUGCUUGGUAGC